GCAAACUCCAAUCUUAUUUAAAUAACAAAUUCGACCCUAAUCUUUACACAAAUCGCCGAUUUCUAGAACUUAUCGCCAUGGCUGCUGCUACAGCUACCGAAGAUGCCACUAAUGUCCCAGCUCCAGCUCCUGUUUCCAUUCUCCCACAGUAUCCAGAGUUGAUAAUGGGUGCAAUUGAAGCCCUAGAUAGCAAAAAAGGCGCGUGCAGAUCUAAAAUCUCAAAGCAGAUCGAAGCAUCGUACGGCAGUUUACCAGCGGCUCACAAAACCCUACUAUCACACCACCUCAACAAAAUGAGAGCUAGCGGCGAACUUGUUGUCAUUAAUAACAACUACGUUAAACCAGAUCCACUCUCGCCGGGGCGUCGCGGCCGCGGCCGCCCGUCGAAGCCAAAAACGCCGCUUCCGGAAGGUGCCGUUGCUUCGCCACCGAGAUCCAGAGGCCGACCGCGAAAAUCUGAAACCGCUGUGGUUCCGGUGGAGUUUCCGACGGAAGUGUCUCCGGCUCCGGCGGCGGCGGUGGUUUCUGGUCGGAAACGUGGACGGCCACCAAAGGACGCGACAGCUACUCCGGCGAAGAAGCCGGCGAGUAGUGGUAGAGGAAGAGGCCGGCCGAGGAAGGUGAAAACCGAUGGUGAUGCCACGCCAGCACCGGCGACCGGUGGAAGUAAGGGGAGAGGACGGCCGCGUAAGGUAGCGAAAAGUGAUGAUGUCGCCACGCCGGCGGCUUCAAGUGGUGAGAAAAAGGGAAGAGGACGGCCGCGUAAGGUGGUGGAAGGUGGUGCUGACGUCACGCCGGUGGUGUUGACAGGUGAGAAAAGGGGAAGAGGGCGGCCAAGGAAGGUGGUGGUGACGGAGUCUCCGGUUGAAUCUGAUUGAAUAAAAAAUUGAUUUAAUGAUACUUUGGUUAUUUUCUUUUUAUAAAGUAGUGUUGUUUUAGAGUUUCUUUUCAAUGGGUUGGUGGUUAUUGGAUUGGAUGUUAGUGAGAGUGUAAUUGCUUUGUAAAUUCAAAUUUAGUGGCUUUUUCUUCAAGAUGUUUUAGUUUAAAAUUUUAUUUUCUUUA